AUGAAGUUGUCGACUACUGCGCGGCUAGCGCUCCUCCUGCUCCCCUUCUCGCCGUCCUCUGCCAGCGACCUUAAUGUUGUCGACCUGGGCUAUGCGAGCUACCUCGGGAACCUCUCCUUCCCAAACACCGUUGCUUAUCUUGGACUGCCCUAUGCGGAGCCCCCGCUGGCAAACCUUCGAUUCAGAGCACCUUUACCCCUCAACACGACGCGUGUGACGAGCGAGACGAAUGGGAGCAUUGUCGAUGCUACUCGCUAUCCAGACUUUUGCGUCCAAGGCGCAUCGGGAGGCAAGAGGGGUGUGGGUGGUGCGGGCUCAGAAGACUGUCUCAAGGUCAAUAUAUACGCGCCAGUGGACGCAAAAGCAGGGGAUAACCUGCCUGUUUUGGUAUAUAUUCAUGGCGGUGGGUAUGUCUUUGGAAACCCCGCCAAUUGGCCAUUCGACCACUGGAUUCACCAGUCCCCUAAUGUGAUCAUCGUAUCGGUCUACUACCGCCUCGACGCAUUCGGCUUCCUCUCCCAUCCCGAACUAUCUGCUGACGCGACACUCGGUGAUCUCAAUGCCGGGUUCCAAGACCAAGUAUUGGCGCUCGAAUGGGUGCAACAACACAUCAGCAAGUUUGGCGGAGACGCAGCAAAGGUGACGAUCAAUGGUGAAAGCGCGGGCGGGAGUUCUGUCGAGCUGCAUAUGGUCGCCAAUUCGGACAAGGGGAAGAAUCUUUUCAGAGGAGUCAUCGCGCAGAGCGUGUACCGCACCCCAUUGGCACGACCGGAGCAACGUGUGGCCCAAUUCAACUCGUUUGCCUCGCAAGCCGGAUGUGGAGCCGGUGCGAUAAAAGAUCAAAUGGAGUGUCUUCGUCAAGCCAGUGUAAGUGCAUUAGCACGAGCUCAAGACGCCACUGCUGGCUCUUCGGCCCUCACUGGCUACAAAUCAUUCCAACCUGUCCUCGAUGGCAAAAUCUUCACUGACUUCCCAACGAACACCUUUGUGGCAGGACGAGGCUUCGCAGAUGUACCCAUUAUCGUUGGUGCGACAACAAACGAGACGCUGUCUGGGGGCAGCAGCAUUCCCGAUGCAUUGAAGUCUUUCUUCCCUUCCAUGUCUAACGACGAUGCCAACGGACUUGUUGCAGAAUAUCCCGUCGCACAAUUUUCCAACUCGACUGCGUUGCAGUUCCAAGCCGCCACGGGCGAGUCAGAGCUGAAAUGUGCCAGGCAUAUCAUCGCAAGUGCGGUGUCACAGUGUGGGAAGGCGACAGCAUGGACGUAUAGAUACAACCAGGCCAACCCGACCAGCGGAAGCCCCGCAGUGGCCCACGCAGCGGAAAAUUGGAUGAUGUUUCUGGGCGUAAAUACUGGCGUCAACGGCACACGCCAGUUCACCCCCCAGACUCCGACCGAGAUCGCCUUUGCGUCGGAGCUGAUCGCGUACUGGCUGUCGUUCGUGCGGGAUCUGAAUCCAAACACCCAUAAACUCGCCAGAUCACCGUUCUGGAAGUCGUUUAGCGGAAGCGACAAACAGCGGAUGGUGCUCCAAGAGAGUCCGGAUUCCAACACGAGUGGGAGCUUCCUGGAGGUGCAGGAUGGGGACGAGACUAGGCGGUGUGACUAUGUCGCUGGAUUGGCGGGCGUACAGCAAAAUUAA